CCACGCCUAACAACUGGGAGAGUGACGCAUGUGCUUUGUGCAACACCAUGCCUGUUUUUGAAUCCUGGCUGGAACAGUGCUAAUGAAAUUUUUGUAAGUUGUUGUGCAACUUUAGUGUUGUUUCUGUUUCAGAUUCUUCUUGUUACAAUGAAAGCUGCUAUUCCUAGCAUUUUGCGAUUUAUGCUAUGCACCCUUAUUCUCUAUAUUGCUUUCUUGAUCUGUGGCUGGGCUGUUCUUGGACCGUACAAUGAGAAAUUUAGAGACCUAGCAACCACUUCGGAAUGUUUAUUCUCACUGCUGAAUGGAGAUGAUAUGUACAACACGUUUAAACUGACAACAGGCACCAAUGCAGCAGCUGUUAUUUUCUGUCAAAUCUAUCUUUAUGUCUUCAUCUGUUUGUUUAUCUAUGUGGUACUAAACCUGUUUAUUGGUCUCAUCAGCGAGAUGUAUUCAGCAGUGAGGAUGAUGGGGAAGAAGCAGUGGAAGGCUAUCUAUUUGGGAAAGCUAUAUCAUUUGCUUGAUGAAGAUGAGGAUGACGAUUGGGAUGAAGAUAUAAUUGACUGGCACAGAGAGCUCCAGAGAGGACGCUUCCACUCAUCUGACUCGGAGGGGUCAAGUGAAGAGCAUGGCUGUAAUGACCAACGCUCUACAAGAGACCUCAAUAUUGCGGAAGUCAUCUGAUACUGCCCUGAGAAGAUGAACAAAUGGUUAGGUUUUAAAUGAUGAGAACUUCUCUGCUCAGGUUACACAGUAUUUAUUAACUAGACAAGUGCUAUAAUAUUGUAAGAUUGGCUUGCCUGUGUCUUGUUGUUGAUACAUUUAAUCUUUGACUGGCCUCUGCUGUUUAUAUUGAAGAAAUAAUUGUAUGGUACUGUAA